GAUAGUUCUAUACUGUACCGAAGCAUGCCAAGUGGCACAACUCUUCGGUGCCUCCCGCGAUGCUGCCAGUGUCGGGAUUGAGGUCCAAUGAGAGAUGCUCAAGUCCGCUGCCCUUCAGUGGGAACCUGCUGCUAUCUCCUCUUGGGGUUAAGAAACGCGGGGUGGGUGGACUUGCGAGACGCGAGACCCCACCAAAGCUCUGCUCAUCUCCAUUUUUCUCGCUGUUUCUGCACGCCUUCCAACCUCGAAUGUGAUCGACGAUCGCCUCGAGCAUACAAUCAAGAGUACUUCAACUCUAUUCCCCUCACCCAUAGCUGCAGCCACUUCUCUCACCAUCCUUUUCCUCGUUGCUAGCCGCUGAAUUUUCAAAUCCUCGAAGUUCACAAGCUCAAACCCCUCGCUUCUCGUUGUCGCCAUGGCAGCUCUGCACCUUGCAUUUGCACUUGCCCUUUUCACCGGUCAUGCAGCGGGCGUAAAUAAUGGUUUAGCAAGAACCCCUCAGAUGGGAUGGAAUAACUGGAACGCCCUGGGCUGUGACGUCUCUGAAUCCCUCCUCCUCGACACAUCAAAGAAGCUCGUCGACUCAGGUCUACGAGAUGUCGGGUAUAACUACGUUGUGCUAGAUGACUGCUGGUCUCGUGGGCGAGACGAAGAAGGCUUCCUCGAGGAGGAUCUAGAGAAAUUUCCCAGUGGGAUGUCUGCUGUGGCUGAAGAGCUACAUCGACAAGGACUUCUUUUUGGCAUGUAUUCUAGCGCCGGGGAGAUGACAUGUGCGAGAUAUGCUGGAUCCCUGGACUGGGAAGAAAAUGACGCGAAGAGCUUUGCGGGCUGGGGUGUUGACUAUCUGAAAUAUGACAAUUGCUACCAUAUGGGGCGAUUUGGUACUCCCAAACUGUCAUUCGAUAGGUACAAAGUCAUGUGGGACGCGUUAAAUUCCACUGGACGACCAAUACUGUACAGUCUUUGCAACUGGGGCGAGGAUUACAGCCAUACCUGGGGGAUGUCGAUCGCCAACUCCUGGAGAAUGUCAGGCGAUAUCUAUGACUCCUUUUCCCGCCCAGACGAUCUGUGCUCUUGCAUCGAUGCAUCAAGCCCUUUUUGUAUCGCACCAGGCACGCACUGCUCCGUCUUGAACAUCAUCAACAAAGUAGCCCCAUACGUUGACCGCGGACAGCCAGGCGGAUGGAACGACCUGGAUAUGCUAGAAGUAGGAAAUGGAGGGAUGACCGACGAAGAGUACAAAGCCCACUUCUCCCUCUGGGCAGCCCUCAAGUCGCCCCUGCUCAUGGGCAAUGACCUCCGAUCUUUGUCUGCGGCAUCCCUCACCAUCCUCAACAACCCCGCAGUGAUAGCCAUCUCACAAGAUCCAGUCGGCCACUCGGUGUACCGCGUCCGCCGUGAGUUGAACGUCGCAAAAGAUAAAUACGGUGUUGGAGAGAUCCAAGUCUGGAGUGGAGGACUUUCUGGAGGAGACCAAGUUGUCCUCCUUCUAAAUGCCGCUGGCGAAGACGCCCGCAUUAGUGCCAGUCUCGAGGAAAUCUUCCUACAUGAUGGACCGGAAGGGUCGGCACCCCAGAUCAACGAGGAAUGGGAAGUCUUUGAUUUGUGGGGGAACCGUAUGGAUAAUGCUCUUGCGCAGAAGAUUUUGGAUGCGGAUGAGAAGGAUGUGGAGAAGUUGUGGAAGCAGGCGAACUGGUACAAUUCGACAGAGAUAAGUUACAAGGAGGGAUUGAAAAAGAGGGACGAGCGACUGAUGGGAAAGAAAGUUGGCAAGAUCAAUGCAGGGGGUAGUCUGACGGCCAAGGUUAAGAGGCAUUCGGUGGAGAUGUUUAGGUUGAGGAGUGUCGGGCAUGGAGGGAAGAGGAAGGUUCACGCGAAAGAGGAGUUGUGAUUGGCUCAAGUGGCAUUCUCUGUUCCCGAGACAACUCCCAGGGCAACACCCUCCAACUGUCACACCAAAAUGGUUACAUGAAUGCACCCCUCAAGUUCCUGCCAAAUCCUAGACCAAAGUCUGCCUCACCAUCCCCAUUGUCCGCAUUCUUGUUUCCGUCUUCGGCCCGAGAGCCUAGUUUGCUGUCAGAACAGUCAGAUCAAGGGAGUCGACGACGCGGGUAGUUAGGGUGAUUGAGGAGGCGAAGUUUUUUGCCACACGAGCCCACCGGGCGUAACUAAAACUUUGCUUUGAC